ACAACAAAGUCUCAUUUCAUAGGAACACUUGCAUAAUUUUGUAGAAAUUUUAGCGUGUUGAUUUAACACAAUGACUGAUACUCAAUUCGGAGUUCGCCAUGUUAUUGGCGCCCCGGUCGCAACCACGAGGCUGGCUGAACAAAAUAUAGUGUGUGUUCCACCGCGCGGUGCUAAAUUCACUCUGGAAGAAUGGAAGAUGAGCAACGAGCAACGGUGCAGGAACACAGAAGAUCAACAACAGCUCGCAGAUAGGAUUUUGGGCGAAUCGGAGAGGAUCCGAGAAGAAACCGCCGAACGUGCUGCCAUCAUGAAAGCGACCACCGACAGACGAAUCGAAGAACGAAUCGGUGACGUCGAAUUCAUAAAGAAGGAACUUGAAAUACAAAGAAAAGAGAUAUGCCUUGAACUGGAAGCUCUAAGUAUGUACAAGACAAGGCUACAAGACUGUUUAGCUUCCUUGCAAACGAAUGCCUUAACGAUAUGCCGAAAAUGUCUUAUAUUAAGAGAUGGAAGGAUCGGCAUUGAUUUGGUUGUAGAUGACGUAGAACAUGCCUUGCAACAGGAAAUAACAGCUAUUCUCGGAGGGCAGAGUUUAUUAAAACGAACUCUAGAACAACUCAACGAACAAAUGCGACGACUAAGAUCCACUCGAUAUCUUCUAGACCGUGACCUUCAAUACAAACAAGGAGCAAUAGAUUCGGAUAGAGGUUCGCUGUCUUUGAAGCCUACUGACCUAUGUCUUUCUGUUUAUGAAGGAUAUGCAAAUUUAGAUCCUGCUAGUAUAUCGGCAGAAGAAUACAAUGCGGUGUCAAAUAAAAAUAUUCAACAGGCAGCACGAGAAGUAACCAGUGCGCGACCGAUAAGAGUUUUCAUUGACACUUUAUUAAAUCAAGUAAUCGACGAUCUCUGGACGGCUUUCAAUAAAUGUAACCACGAAUUCAAUGAGCGUAUAAAGCAAACAAAAAUCGCUAAAGAAAAACUAGAAGAUAUGCAUAGAGAGACAACUGAAAAGAUAUCGAAGAUGCAAAAUAACAUAUUGCAAUUGCAAAAAGCUUUAUCUGAUAAAGAGGGGAAUGUUGGAUUGGCUCAUACGAGACUCGGCAGACGUGCGCAAAGAAUCAGCGCUGAAUUAGUCAGAGAUCCUCCGGGACAAUCGUUGUACUACGAAUGCGAAAUGUUGAGGUACAGUGUUGAACAACUCCAACAAAUGCUGCAAGAAGCGACCGCUUCACUUCGUUACCUUUUGCAGACGCAAAUUCAAUUAGAAGAGGACAUAAAUGUAAAAAUGAAUACGCUGAAGAUCGAUGAAGUCGACUGUAUGACCUUACGAGCCACUAUGGAUUAUCAUGCAUAUUAAGUUACUGUUGAAUUCGUAGAUAUUCAUUAGCUUAUAUUACGUAGAAAGAACCUGACACGACAUAAUUUUUGUAGUUGGCACUAUU